UUGGUUCUGCUCCCCUUUCAGACUCACACCCACUAUAGACUGCUCCCUCCUCUCUUCUUUCCCAACUCUCUCUCUUUCUCUCUCUCUCUUUCUCUCUCUCUCACUUUCUCUCUCUCUCUAACUGAAUAGUCACACUUUCUCUCCAGUCUCCUCUGAACUCCAGGCAGGACAGAGGUCACGCUGCUCUUCCACUUCUUGCAGACCUGUUCAGACGGAGCUCAGUACUAAAGCUGUCUACAGGUGUUGAGUGUGCAGUGUGAGGAUUGGUGCCCUCUGCAGGUAUGACUCAGAGUAACUGCGAGACACAGCAGCCCCGCAACCGCAUGAGGCAGUUACGGGACCGCAUAACUGAGCGAUCGCUCCGCAUGCGUAACAUCAACCAUCGCCAUGUCCGAGCCUUCUUCACGAAGAAUGCCUUCGUCAUCCUCACUGUCACUGCUGUCAUCAUUGGAAUAGCUCUGGGCUUCGCAUUGCGGCCCUUUAAGAUGACCUACCGUGAGAUGAAGUACUUCUCAUUUCCUGGGGAAUUGCUGAUGCGCCUGCUGCAGAUGUUAGUGCUCCCCCUGCUGGUGUCCAGUUUAAUUACAGGCAUGGCUGCCCUGGACAGUCGGGCGUCGGGGAAGAUGGGCGUGCGUGCAGUGGUGUACUACACCACCACCACCAUCAUCGCCGUCUUCAUCGGCAUCAUCAUGGUGCUGAUCAUCCACCCGGGGAAAGGAGCCAAGGAAGAGUUCAGCACAGAGCACAGUGUGGAGCAAGUGAGCCCUGCUGAUGCUUUCCUCGAUCUCAUCAGAAAUAUGUUUCCUCCAAACCUAGUACAAGCCUGUACCCAGCAGUUUAGGACCCAGUAUGGUAAGCGGGUGGUGACAGUGAAGGUGGUGUUGAAUGAGAGUGCCUCCGCUCUAGCUAAUGGCUCGGGGGCGGUCCGUUACGAGGAGGAGAUCCCAGUUCUGGGGACAGUGAAUGGCAUCAAUGCGCUGGGCUUGGUGGUCUUCUCCAUGUCCUUCGGCCUCACCAUCGGCGGGAUGAAGGAACAGGGCCAGCCCCUGCGGGACUUCUUUGACUGUCUCAACGAGGCAAUCAUGAGGCUCGUUGGCGUUAUAAUGUGGUACGCUCCUCUGGGUAUCUUGUUCCUGAUUGCGGGGAAGAUCGUAGAGAUGGAGGACCUGUCUGCCAUGGGGGGACAGCUGGGUAUGUACACCAUCACCGUCAUCAUCGGCCUCCUCAUCCAUGCCAUCCUCGUACUGCCUACGCUCUACUUGCUGGUCACACGCAAAAACCCCUUCGUGUUCAUUGGGGGUCUGCUGCAGGCUCUGGUGACUGCCCUGGGCACGUCCUCCAGCUCAGCCACUCUGCCCAUCACAUUUAAGUGUCUGGAGGAGAACAAUGGUAUUGAUAAGCGAGUGACACGCUUUGUCUUGCCGGUGGGAGCGACCAUCAACAUGGAUGGCACGGCGCUCUAUGAAGCUCUCGCUGCCAUCUUCAUUGCUCAGGUCAACAACAUGGAACUCAACUUUGGACAGAUCCUCACCAUUAGUAUCACAGCAACUGCUGCAAGCAUUGGAGCAGCUGGAAUCCCACAGGCUGGUCUGGUUACCAUGGUGAUAGUGCUGACAUCUGUAGGACUGCCCACUGAUGAUGUCAGUUUGAUUAUCGCAGUGGAUUGGUUCCUAGACCGUCUGCGAACCACCACUAACGUCUUGGGUGAUUCGAUCGGUGCAGGAAUUGUGGCGCACCUGUCCCGACAUGAGCUGCAAGCAGCUGACAUGGAGGCAGGGAACUCCGUGUGUGAAGAGAGCAACACCAAGAAGCUGCCAUACCAUCUGGUGUCUCAGGAGAGCGAGCAUGAUUGCAACAAACUCCACGACAGCGAGACCAAGAUGUAGUGGCUCCACCAGCCCCACCCUCCUGCCCUACCACACCAACCAUCUCCUACUCUCCUACCAUACUCACCUUAACCAGCCUUCAGUUUCCACACUGUCCCAUCCCUCUCUCCACCCAAACUAGUCUCAGUACUGUGAACCAGUAAUACAGCACUGUUACCCAAUUAGACAGCACUGUCACCCAGUAAUUCAGUACUGUGAACUGAUCCAGUCAUACAGAACUGUGACCCAGUAAUACAGUACUGUGAUCCAGUAAUACAGCACUGUUACCCAGUUAGACAGCACUGUUACCCAGUUAGACAGCACUGUUACCCAGUAAUACAGUACAAUGAACUGACCCAGUCAUACAGAACUGUGACCCAGUAAUACAGUACUGUGAACCAGUAAUACAGCACUGUUACCCAGUUAGACAGCACUGUCACCCAGUAAUACAGUACAGUGAACUGACCCAGUCAUACAGAACUGUGACCCAGUAAUACAGUACUGUGAACCAGUAAUACAGCACUGUUACCCAGUUAGACAGCACUGUAAUACAGUACUGUGACUGUUUUAAUGGUAACAAAACCAAUGUCAAUUUGUACAGAAAAAAAUAAAAAUGGACUGUUUUGAUCA